AUGGCGAAUCCCGGUGGAAUUCCGGCUGGCGGUGCUGGUGCUGCUGCGGGGGCUGCUGGAGCUCCGGCUGUUCUUCCCCCACCGACGUUCGCGAUAGAAUCGUUCGACAAACGUAAGUUAAAAUGGAUGCGCUGGGUGGAACGUCUUGAGACCGCUUUCCACAUCUACGGAGUAGCGGAUGAGCAGAUGAAAAAGCACUUUCUUCUGCAUUACAUGGGGUCCGAAACCUAUGAUGUCAUCUGCGACAAGGUUGCCCCGGAUUCCCCCCGCACGAAGACGUACCAGGACAUCGUUGCAACGUUGAACGACUUCUUCAGUCCCCAGCCACUGGAGAUCAGCGAAAAUUUUCGCUUCAAGUGUCGCCGCCAGGGCGAUAAAGAUGCGGCAUCCGCCGACGAAAUGGUGGACGAGUACCUAGUGGCCCUGCGGAGGAUUGCUGUUACGUGCAAUUUCGGCGCGUAUCUCGACACGGCAUUGCGAAACCAGCUAGUGUUCGGGAUCAAGCGCAAUGAUAUUCGGAGCCGGCUACUGGAAAAGCGACAACUUACGCUGCAGGAUGCUCGCGAAAUUGCCGUGAGCAUGGAGCUUUCACGGAAGGGGGGCGCCGAGAUCGAAGGUGGCUCGUGCAGGCAGGAGGUACAUGCAGUGCAUCAUCCAGCAGGUAAAAAAGAAAAACAAAGUGCCAAGAAGAUGCCGCAUGUAAACAAAAGUGCGGGUAAAAGUGCAAGCGAUGGAUGUUGCUUUCGUUGCGGCGACAAAUCGCACUUCGCGAAUGCGUGCAAACAUAAACAAACUGUGUGCUCGUACUGUAAAUUGACCGGACAUCUCGCGAAGGUUUGCUUGAAGAAAUCGGCCGCGGCGAAGUCUGAUUCGCGAUCAACGAACAAAUCUAAUCCGGUGCAAACGAACUACGUGGACCAAACCGGCAGCAGUCAAUGCGCCGAGAGUGUAGAAGUGCGUGAAGUUUGCACGGUCGAAUCGUCGUCGCGUUGCAAAAAGUUUCUGCUGGAUGUUUCCGUGAAUGACAAGUGCGUAAGGUUCGAGGUUGAUACGGGUUCGCCGGUCAGUAUCAUCAGUGCGGAAGACAAGAACAGACUCUUUCCGGCCGCGCGGUUGCGUAAGUGCGAUACGGACUUGGUUAGCUACUGCAAUACCAGCAUCGAUGUGCUUGGUAUCCUCGACGCGAGUGUUGAAUUCGGUGGUAACGGGAUGAAAUUACCGUUGUACGUGGUGAAUUCCGGGAAGCAUCCGUUACUCGGUCGCGAGUGGCUGAAAGUGAUGUCAGUGGAUUGGAAUUGCGUGUUCCAAGGACCGAGUGUUGUUAAUACGAUUGCUGCUACUGCUUCCCCGGGCCGCGAUGCCGCUUUAAAGGCGUUGCUCGAGAGGUAUCCGAAGGUAUUCGACUCCUCGAUCGGAAGGAUUUCCAACGUUCAAGCUAACCUACCACUGAAGAAGAAUGCGCGACCGGUGUUUCUGAAGGCACGGAAAAUACCAUUCAGCAUGGUGAAGACAGUUGAGGACGAGCUGGAAAAGCUAGUUGCUGAAGGCGUACUGACGAAAGUUAACUCCAGUAACUGGGCAACACCGAUUGUUCCCGUUAAGAAGCCGCAGAACCGGGUGAGGAUUUGCGGAGACUACAAGCAGACCGUGAACCCAAACCUUGUGGUGGACAAGCAUCCACUGCCUACCGUGGACGAACUGUUCGCGUCGCUGGCUGGAGGAAAGAAGUUCAGCAAGAUUGAUCUCGUCCAAGCGUACCUGCAACUCGAAGUGGCACCAGAAGAUCGGGAACUGCUCACGCUGUCUACACAUCGCGGUCUCUAUCGUCCGAACAGACUGAUGUACGGUGUCGCAUCAGCCCCAGCAAUCUGGCAGCGACAAAUGGAAGUCAUUUUGCAAGGAAUAGAAGGGGUAAGUGUUUUCUUGGACGAUAUUAAAAUAACGGGUGAGAAUGAUGAAGUACACUUGCGUCGACUGGAGGAGGUACUUCGGCGUCUUAAUGAAUGCGGAAUACGAGUCAACAAGGAGAAGUGCGAAUUCUUUGUGGACAACAUUGAGUACUGCGGAUACUCGAUUGAUAAGGACGGCAUCCACAAGAUUCAACAGAAGGUACAAGCGAUCCAGGACAUGCCCAGACCGAAGGACGUUGAUGAGGUUCGGUCGUUCGUCGGAUUUGUUAACUAUUACGGACGGUUCUUCCAGAACCUGAGCACGGUGCUGUAUCCUCUGAACAACUUGCUUAAAAGCGACGUGCCGUUCAGAUGGACCAAGCAAUGCGAGGAUUCCUUUAGGAAGGUGAAGGAAUUAGUGCAAUCCGACGACUGCCUCGCCCAUUAUUCACCCGAGUUACCUCUUCUGCUUGCAACGGACGCUUCGCCCUACGGAGUAGGGGCGGUACUAAGCCACGUGUAUCCGGACGGUACUGAACGUCCAAUUCAGUUCGCGUCCCAAACUCUCAGUCGAGUGCAGCAGAAGUACAUGCAGGUGGACAAGGAGGCGUAUGCUGUCAUAUUUGGAGUGAAGAAAUUCUUCCAAUACCUCUACGGCCGAAGAUUCACCCUGCUUACCGACAACCAGGCUAUCUCAAAGAUCUUCGGGGAGCACAAAGGGUUGCCGGUCAUGUCUGCGUUACGGAUGCAACACUACGCUACGUAUUUGCAAAGCUUCGAUUAUGAAAUCCGGUUCCGCAAAUCUGCCAACCACGCGAAUGCUGAUGCCAUGUCGAGAUUUCCGCUGAAUAUUUCUGAUCCUGAGAACGAGAUUGAAGAAUCUGAUGCUGUGGAGCUGAGUCAAAUCGACACUCUACCGUUGACGGCUGCUGAGUUGGGCCAAGUUACUGCUGAGGAUCAUACAGUGCAGAAAUUAAUCCAAGGAAUCAAGCACGGUCAGUCGGUGGAAGCGAAGGAUCGUUUCGGUGUGGAACAACACGAGUUCUCCCUUCAAAAAGGAUGCUUGCUUCGAGGAAUUCGAGUGUACGUGCCUGUCCCUCUCCAGAAACGCGUUCUGGAGGAAUUGCAUUCUACUCACUUUGGAACAACCCGUACGAAGUCGCUGGCAAGAGGAUACUGCUGGUGGCCUGGUUUGGACCGGGAUAUAGAGGAUAUGGUAGCCAACUGUGCCGACUGCCAGUCGGUACGUGCCGAGCCGGCGAAGAUGAACCUUCAUUGCUGGGAAACACCAACAGCCCCUUUUCAGAGGGUUCAUGUCGACUUUGCUGGUCCCUAUUUGGAUACCUACUUCUUCAUCUACGUGGACGCUUACAGCAAGUGGCCAGAGGUCCAGAUAUGCAGGUCCAUCACGGCCGAAAGUACCGUCAAAAUGUGUCGCGAGAUCUUCAGCAAGUUUGGCAUUCCCUCAGUUCUGGUGAGCGACCAUGGCGUCCAAUUUACAUCGGAGGGUUUUCAACAGUUCCUGAAGACAAACGGUGUAGUGCACAAGAUGGGUGCUCCGUACCAUCCAGCAACGAAUGGCCAAGCGGAGCGGUACGUUCAAACCAUCAAACAGAAGUUGAAGGCGUUAAAGUGCACCAAGUCUCAGCUGAACCUGGAGUUGUGUAACAUCCUGCUCACAUACCGCAAAAUGAUUCACCCGUCAACAGGAAAGUCACCAUCAAUGCUCGUGUUCGGUCGACAGAUUCGAUCGAGGCUCGACCUGCUACUACCGAAAAACGAAACUUCAAGCAAGGCGGACAUUGUCGUGCGCCAAUUCCUGGAUGGUGACAGAGUUCGUGUUCGAGAUUUCCUGUCCAAAGAUAAGUGGAAGUUUGGAAGAAUAGCCGAGAAGCUGGGUAAGCUGCGGUAUGCUGUACGUCUCGACGAUGGGCGAAUCUGGGAGCGCCACAUUGAUCACAUAGUCGGUGUGGGCGCCGAUCUACAAGACGUUUCGGUGGACACUCCAAGGGAGGAGGAGUUCAUUGAACGGUACGAGCCAACCAUAUCCGCUGUUCCUGCAGUGUAUCCUGCUGCGACUGCAGCGGUUCCCGCUGCCGCUAUUCCAGAAGGAGAGGCUGCUGGUAGGACACCGGUGGUUUCCAAACGUAAUGCGGUCACGACGUCUACGCUUCCUUCCAGCCCGGAGCGUUCGACGUCCACCAAGGAUAGUCGAUCAGCCGUUUUGGAGUCUACGACACCGCUACGACGAUCAUCUCGCAUUAUUAAACCUCCCCAUAGAUUGAAUUUGUAG